AUGGCAAAAAAAUCUGUGAGCACGGUAUCCGCGAGUAAAAUCCGCGACGGGCAGUUACUAUCCGCGAAUAUUUACUACCCGCAGUUAACAGGGGAGUUUGAAAAUUUGAAGGAGAAGGUGGCAGAUCAACUCGGCAAAAAUGGAGAGUCACUGCCUGCCAGCCGAGUUGUGGAGAAGAGUUUGAAAUCAUUGACAGAUGAUUUCGAGAGUUUUGUGUGCGUCAUCGAGGAGUUGAAGGUCCUAUCAAAGCUCAUGGUUGAAAACUUUGAUAAGGUUGCUUUUGCAGCUCGUUGCACUGUUGAGGAGAAUGGCAGCAUAGAGACCCAGACAGAAAGUGCAGUGGAGGAAGGGAGGAGGGAGAGGUGGGAGAUGUCUUCCAUGGAGAAGAAGACGAAGUACUCUAUGUCUAUGGACACAAAAUAUCUCUCGCAGAUUCCUUCCAUGAACAAGUAUGGUCGCAAUGGGUUAAUGACGUUUGAUACAAUGAUUGAGGCCAAGAAGAAUCUCCAUGAAAAAGAUCAGAAUCUCAUUGAAAAUGGGGCUAAAAAUUCGAGAAAAGGAUUGGGAUUUUUUAUAACUUUUGCAGCCAAAACAAUGCUCACGGUAGUUGACAUGGUAUCAAUAUUAAGUUUGUCUGGUUUCGGGCCUAAGUUAGGAACUUGUUUCAGCGUGCAAGGCUGGCAUCACAAAGUAGAAAAUGUGGAAAGAUCUACAACUAAAAAUGGGGGUGAGAGACCAAGAAUUCAGUGUCCACCUGGGAAAAUAAUGGUGUGGGAAAAUGGGGAAGCUCGAUGCCUAGUGAAAGAGAGGGUUGAAAUUCCAUUUUCAGCUGUUGCUGCAACUCCUGAUAUAAACUAUGGAUGUGGUUGACAAAAACGAUGCUCAC